AUGGGCGCCGCGCUGCGCCUGCCCACGCACACGGCGAACAGCAACAAGCGGCAGAUCGCGCAGCACUUCGCGCCGGCGAUCCCGGGGGUGUACGAACCUCCGAACGAUUACUUGCAUCGCAAGAACGCCGACGCGACGACGGCGGUGUUGGAGCGCGAGAACGAACGGCGUCGAUCGCGACGGUCGACGGAUGACGUGUGGUGCGGGACGAGCGACGACGAAGGGAGCGCGCGGGGGGGACUGCACGUGAGCGAGGAUCAUCAAGAGUGCGGCGCGUGCUUCGAACCGCUGUGCAAGGAACGCACGGCGGUGUUCGUGGACGAAAGCGGCGCGCGCACGUGUAAACAUUUUUUACACGAGCGGUGCGCGCGAGCGGUGUGCGAACACAUCGGAUCGGUGUGUCCGAUAUGUCGGACGGCGUUCGCGAGCGCGCGGGGCGUGCCCUUUCCGACGGAGGACGCGAACGAGUGGUUUAGGCUUUGCGACGUCGAUGGGAACGGGAAAUUGGACAAAGAACAGGUGUUGACGGUGAUAAGAGCACAGAUUCCGGUGGAUUGGAGGAAGAUCGACAAGGAUUUAGGGAGCUUGUGGGCGCGGUGGGACCCCGAGAGUUCGGGCGCGCUGGGCAAGGCGCAGUUAGUCGGCGCCGACGGUUUGUUGGAGUUCGUGUCCAAGAAAUACCCGCCCAGGUUGCGAGAGUAUAAACAUGUACCACACGUCACAGAUAAACGGGCGUGGUUUAAAUUUUGGGACGAGGACGAUUCGGGGACUUUGGAGAAGGAUGAAGUCGUGCGAGCGCUCAUAAAAACAUUCGGCAUCAAGGACGACGUCGCGCACAUCCAAGACGUUCGCAGCAUGGUCGAAAGUAUCUGGUGUGUGUUCGAUUUAGAUGAUAGCGGUGGUAUUGAUUUGACCGAGUUCUUACUCGAGGACGGCCUAGGAGAUUCCAUCAUGGCGGCUUUCGCGGUGGAUAAAAGAGCGGAGUUGGCGCAAAAGGAGGACGCGAAAGCGUCGCGUUCACCGAAACGGCCGCAAAAAAAAUGA